AGCAUCUGACGUGUCUAAAGCAGUUUCGCUCCAGUGGUGGAUUUUUACUAUUAUUUAAAGUACAGUAAGAUACGUGUUGGCAAGAUGCUCGAUUUCUUUACCAUCUUCAGCAAAGGGGGCAUAGUGUUGUGGUGUUUUCAGGGAGCCGGCGUCACCGAGUCCUUCGCCGGGCCUGUCAACGCUCUGAUCCGCUCCGUGAUCCUUCAGGAAAGAAGCGGGAACACGUCGUUCAAUCAUGAGGCUCUGAGUCUUAAAUACAAACUGGACAAUGAGUUUGAGCUCAUUUUUGUGGUGGGUUUUCAAAAGAUCCUGACGCUGACAUACGUGGACAAGUUCAUAGAUGAUGUGCAGCUUCAUUUCAGGGAUCGUUAUAAGAACGAGCUGGAGCAGAGGGGAGCUUUAAAACUGCUCAACAACAGCUACGAGUUUGAAGACGACUUCAAUAUGCUUCUCAGACAGGCGGAGGAGAGCAGCAAAGCUCGGAGCCCCGUCCCUAUGCGGUCCUUUAAAGAGUCUGAGAAAUCCCAAAAAACUGUGAAGUCCAUGAUUGAGACGAAGGGUGGGGACAAAGGCAAGGAACCGGGGGGCAAGAAAAAUAAAAAUACCAAAAAGGAGGCUCCUGCAGCUGAGCCUGUCAAAGGUGAUCAGAAAAAGGUCACACCUGCUGUGCAGAAGACGGUUGAAAAUGGUAACCAGGGUUUGACUCCCGAGGAGCUCAUUCUGAAGAAUAGAGAGGAGUUCAUUCGCAAACGAAUGGGAGGGACGACUGAAAAGGCCAGUAAGUCUCCAAAGCCUCAGAAACCCAGGGAGAAACAGAUGCGUGUCUGGGACAUGGGAGGAAACAGUACCAAGGAACUGGACUACAGCUACAAGAACGAUCUCCAGAGCAACGGGGAGCAGAUGGAGGAGGUCAACACCGACCUGGGAAUAAAGGUGAACUCCAUGGAAGGAGAUCUGCUGCCUGUGGACUACGAGUCCAGUGAGGAGGAGGAGGAGAUGGAGGAGGAAGAAGAGGAGGAGAGAGUGGUUGUAAAUGAAAAAAGCAAAACAAGCACUAAAAAAGGUGGCAGCUUCGGGGGCAUGUUUGGGAUGCUGAAGGGCCUGGUGGGCUCCAAGAGUCUGACCUUUGAGGACAUGGAGCCGGUGCUGGACAAGAUGAAGGACCACCUCAUCGCUAAGAAUGUAGCAGCCGAAAUCGCCUCCCAGCUCUGUGACUCUGUAGCCAAAAAACUGGAGGGCAAAGUCAUGGGCACAUUCACCACUGUGGCCUCAACAGUGAAGCAGGCCCUGCAGGAGUCGCUGGUGCAGAUCCUGCAGCCAAAGCGACGGGUGGAUAUUCUGAGGGACGUCAUGGAGGCGCAGCGCCUCCAGAGGCCUUUUGUCAUCACGUUCUGUGGCGUCAACGGUGUUGGGAAGUCCACCAACCUGGCCAAGAUCUCCUUCUGGCUGAUCGAGAACGGUUUCAGAGUGCUGAUCGCAGCCUGUGACACGUUCCGUGCGGGGGCGGUGGAGCAGCUCCGCACUCAUCAGCGCCGCCUGAACUCCCUCCACCCUCCGGAGCAGCACGGAGGACGGUCCGCAGUCCAGCUCUAUGAGAAGGGCUACGGGAAGGAUGCAGCUGGGAUUGCGAUGGAGGCCAUUAAUUAUGCUCGCAACCAGGCCUUUGACGUGGUGCUGGUGGACACAGCUGGGCGGAUGCAGGACAAUGCCCCCCUGAUGACCGCCCUGGCCAAACUCAUCGCUGUCAACAUGCCCGACCUGGUGCUGUUUGUUGGGGAGGCUCUGGUGGGCAACGAGGCGGUCGACCAGUUGGUCAAGUUUAAUCAGGCUCUGGCCGAUCACUCCAUGUCUGACAAACCUCGGCUCAUCGACGGAAUUGUUCUCACGAAGUUUGACACGAUUGACGACAAGGUGGGUGCUGCAAUCUCCAUGACGUACAUCACGGGUCAGCCCAUCGUGUUCGUGGGCACGGGGCAGACCUACAACGACCUGCGCAGCCUGAAUGCCCGAGCGGUGGUCAGCGCUCUGAUGAAGGCUUAAAAGUUCCGCUGCGUCCUGCGUCCUCGUCGCCAACAAAGCAAACACCUUCUGUCAGACUGUAGUGAGACGUACCAGCCCUGCUUCUCUGCCUCCCCGUCCUCCCGUCCCCACUGCUCGGCAUCAGAUGAAGAACUCGUGACAUGCAAAGACAGGACUUUUUUUCUCCCCUCAUGAAAAAGAAGGCGUGCACUUGGAAAACACGAUCAUUCGGCAGCAGAGUGAGAGGAGCUUCCUCCAUUCUGCAUUAUUUCGAUUGUUUCGGGCCAAACUGAUCAGAAGUACCUCAAUGUCAGCCUGUGUUUUUGGAGACGAGGAAGUCCCCACGGCACACUGGCUGACUGAACUAGGCUGGUUAACUGGUUUACACGGUAAAGACCCGCCCAUUCCUGGCAUUCUGUCCGUCAGUUUUCCCUCAUUUUCGGGAGUGAGGUCGGGUGAACGAUGAGGAAAGCUUUGUGACCAUAGUGCCUAUCUGUCUCCUGUCUUCUUCUAACACUUCUUCUACUACACUGUCCAUCAAGAGACCACAUGGACAUUCAGAUCCACAACCAAACCUUCAGUGACUUCCAGCCUGGCCGAGACUUAAAUCCUACCAUUUUGUAUGGGGGAAAAAACAAACAAUAAAUAAUCCUAUUUAUUUUUCAUUUCAGAAUAAGUCCCAGAUUUUUUUUUUUACGUUCCUUGUUUUUCCCCCCUCAAUUCAUUAUUCUCCAUUUGAUAUGGAAUAAUAAAAAAAAACAUCUUUGGUUUGUGGUAGUGCAAGACUCCAGAGUUCUAUCAGAUCCGAGUUAAUUUAUGAGAAUGUAAACAUUUCUAAAUAAAGCUGCUGUAUGCUCUGA